UCAGAAGUGAAUUCCUCAAGACAUUCUCAAUCAUAAGCUCCACUGAUCAUAGUCAAGUAGUGCGAUACCAAUGGCCGAGUCUGUUGUUUCAUCCAUGGGGAAGACAAUAGGAAAGCUGCUCAUCGACGAGGCCAAAUUCUUGUGGGGCGUGGAGGGCAAGGUCCAGGACCUGCAAAAGGAGCUGGAGCUGAUUCAGGGCUUUCUGAUGGACGCGGACGCGAGACCAGAGCACGAACAAGCUGUUGGAGUAUGGGUGUCCCAACUCCGAGAAAUUGCUUAUGAUGCCGAGGACGUCAUAGAACGAUACAUCCUCAGAGUGGCGCAGAAGAAGGGACAAAACAUCAUCAAAGCUUAUGCUUGCUUUGUGGCGAAGUGCGCGUGCUUGCAGGCUCAUAUGGUGGGGACAGAGAUUGAGGGUUUAAAAUCCAGAAUCUCCAAUCUUAGAAUGAGCAUGCAGGAUCGCGGCAUACGAUCUGUGAAUGAAGGCGAACGCAAACACAGGGGAGCUUCUAUGUCGAGACGAACUUAUGAUCACAUCAAGGAGGAUUUUGUCGGGAGGGAAGAUAGUAUGAAGGAAUUGGUGGAGGAGAUGUUGAAUGAUAAAAAAAAGCAGGGAGUUAUUUCUAUAUGGGGAAUGGGUGGUUUGGGCAAAACCUCCCUCGCUAAGAAAGUCAUUGCUCAUGAAAAAGUGAAGAACAAUUUUGAUGGUAUCGCUUGGGCUUGUAUAUCUCAAGAAUACCACGUGAAAGAUAUCUUGAUGGGAAUUCUCAUUAAGUUGAUCCCUGAUCAAAGACAGGAAGUUAAGGAGAUGAUAGAUGACGAAUUGUUUAAAGCUCUAUACGAGAUCCAACAAAAGAAAAGAUGUAUCGUGGUUCUUGACGAUAUUUGGACCAAAGAAGCAUGGAACUGUCUUCGAGCCGCAUUCCCGAUGGAUGACACGAGAAGCAAGCUAUUGAUAACAACCCGCAAUAAAGAAGUAGCGGAAUAUAUCAAUCCUCGAGGUCUUGUCCAUGAACUUCGGUGCUUAUCGGACCAGGAGAGCUGGGAUUUGUUGAAGAAGAGGGCGUUCCCUGAAACGAAAGUAAUCAAUGAAGACAUGAAGAGAUUAGGACAUGAGCUCCUUAAGAAGUGUGGAGGAAUACCCUUGGCUAUCAUCGUGCUUGGUGGACUUCUGGCGGUCAACGGUGGACUUCUGGCGGUCGACGAGUGGGAGAAGGUUUACAAAAAGAUUAAUUUGCAUUUUAGUGAUAAGAGUGAAUUAUCAAAAGUGUUGGCCUUGAGCUAUGAUGAUCUACCAUGGCAACUAAAGCCAUGCUUCCUACAUUUGGGUAGCUUUCCAGAGGAUGCAGAAAUCCCCGCAACGAAGGUUCUUAACAUGUGGAUUGCUGAAGGCUUUGUGUUGCUGAAUGCAUAUGAAGAAGAGAGUAAAACUCAAGUGGAAGAUGUAGCGGAGCAAUAUUUAACGGAGUUGGUUAAUAGAGGGAUGGUUCAAGUACGAUUCAACUUGAGUGGAAAGAUCAAAACCUGCCACCUCCAUGACCUGAUGCGAGAAUUAUGCGUCUCCAUGGCUAUGCGAGAGAGUUUUCUAAGCAUUCUUAACAUUCAGCAGGACAAUGAGACGGAGGAUUGCUCUUCUCCGAUGGCACCAAAAGUCGAGUCAACUUGCAAAAUACGCAGGCUUUCUCUCAAUAUGCGCAUGAGUGAUAAAAGAAACAUGAUUCAGAGUCUAAAACAGAUAGGAAGGGCUACGCUCCACCUACGAACUCUCAUGUUCUUCGGAUCUAUGGAAGGGAAGUGGAAGAUAUGUCAACCUAUUUUCACUAACUGUAAGUUUCUUAGAGUUCUGAAGCUAGAAUAUCUUUUCAAUAUGGAAGGAAAAUUACCCAAAUCAGUGGGAGACCUAGUCCAUUUAAGAUUCUUAAGUUUAGCAGGCAGUAGUUUUCAGGGUUUGCCGAAAUCUAUGGGGAAUCUUGUAUGCAUGGAAUUCUUGGACUUGUGA